CUUCCUUUCUUCGACCACCUGUCCUGUCUGCUUGUCGCUCAACUUUGUACGGAACUAUUUUGUUUAGAAAUGGGCGGUUUUAGAUUGCCGUCAUCAAUAUCUUGUAGUUAUACCUUACGACUGUUCUGGAUGAAGUUCCCAGGCAGGCUAUAACCUCUUUAACCCUUUCAUGGUGCCGAAAAUGGUAAUGAGAAACGAGUGUAUUUUCCUCUCAUGCUGCCUUGUAAGGAGCCGUGCGCAAAAUGGGAAGUAUAGGCUAAUAUUAAUAGUCUCUUUGAACCGUGUGCAAAAUAAGCGACGACAUAAAACGAGAAACUUUCGACUGGUUGGUCAAAUUCGCUGUGCAUGAUCAAAACCGAAAGGCAAGCCUUGUUAGUAGUGAGGGUGUCCACCUAUCUGAUUUACGUAACCUUUGCCGAGAGUUCGCCUUACAGUUACAGCUGACCAUCCAACCAUGCCUAAGUGCCCAAAGUGCAAUAAAGAGGUCUAUUUCGCCGAAAGGAAGACUUCCAUGGGAAAAGACUGGCACAGCGCCUGCUUGAGAUGUGAAAAAUGUAACAAGACCCUCGCCCCAGGGUCACAUGCCGAGGUUUUGGUCGCGGAGGCACGUCGGGAGACAGAGCCGUCUACACCAAAUGAGCCAUCAGAAAUAGCAAAGUCAUAUAAUAUUGUACAGGGACAUCUUUUUCUUCAUAAAUGUUUCCAUUAAUGUCUUGUUUUUCUGUAUUAUUACUUUAUCAUUCACAGGCUAAAGAUGUGAUCUCUAUUCAGGACAUGAUUUUUGUGCCUUAACUUUUUCGAAUAAAAUGUAAACUAGUUUGGAUGAAAAUAUAGGAAAACAUAGUCUUAAUUUAAUUUUGUUGGUUAUAAAUAUUGUUACCUUCUAUUCUAACAAAACUUUCGUUGGUUACAUGGCUUUAAGGAAUCCUAGUUUUGCAGACUGGAAGAAAUUGUCUCUGUCAGUUGCAUUUGUCCAUUUCACCAUCUUUUUUUUUCUUUUGCAUUUACAUUUUGUUUAACAAAACCCCUUUAACUUUAACAAAUAUCAUUCCUUUUUAUAGAGUUUUGUAUGGUGCUUGCAGGGAGAAGCAGUGUCCUUUUUUUUUAAGUUCACCAUUUCCUCCGAUUAAAAAAAAAAAUUUAUUGUGAAGGUACUUUUGGCUAACAUGAUAAAGAUCUAUACAAGGAAAGAAAAGAACUGUAUUCGGAUUCAAAAGGCGACCUUUCGAAUCAAUGACUAUAUUCUGAUUUGUACUUGUGUUGGAAUAGAUCUUUAUCGAUGCCUUCUCUGCUGUUGUUUAUUGUUCAUGAACAAAAUCUGAUGUGUGGAAACACGUACCAGUUCUUUCCAAAUUUACUUCUGGGGUUUUUUUUUGUUGCUUUCUUACCAUAUUUUGGACAAAGUUUGUGUCUCGUUUUCUUCACAAUCUUUGUCCUUCUGUAUAUCAAAGUCAAAGCAAUAUUUACCUAGCAAUAAACAACAAAAAACUACUCA